UCCUUCUUACCCUCUAUCGUUUUGAUUCACCAUUUCAUCUAAAAGGCCAUGACUCCUAGCAAAAGAUUCCAAUCCUACAGUUUUUAUGGUCUUAGGGGCCUACCCUCGCUAAAUUUUCCAACCCUAGCGUAGUUGCAGUUGGUGGUAAUCCUGCCAGAUCCCGGAUAAAGAGGAUGCAAAUUCCAUCCUCCCGUUAGUAUUAACAUCACUUCCUCUUAUAACGUUAAACGUCUCAAAAAGCCAGAAAGGUCUUGGAUAAUCCAAGCAUUUCAGGUGACUUGGGUGAAACAUAACCAAUGCGAGGUGAACCGGAGGAGUAAUUUGUCCUUAAUCCUUGCACGAAAGAGGAAGAAGAAAUGCCGUAAAGAGAGUCUGGUCGUUUGCUCAAAGAUUCUGUUGAACUUUGAAACGGUGCAACCUUAACAGAGAUGAGCUCAUAGCUGCUGCUAUGGCUGCUUGUUCAGCGGGAAUGUUAAGCAUGAUUGCAUGGUACUUCACAAGUGAAUUUGUGGAUGAGGCAGAGACAACUGGUCAGCAUAUGACAGUGGAUGAAGAGGUCAAUCUUGAUGGCAUAGAGGAGGGCAUGGAAGCAUCAUCAGAGCAAACCAAAGGCCCUCCAGAUUCUUCGUUGCACUCUGGUGGGAAUCAGAACAAGAUCCAUGCCUCCCAUCUUAUCAUGGAGACAAUGAAUUCAGUGGCUGCAAACCUUGGCGAAAUAGCUGAAGCAUUGGACCGAAACAAUAAAAUAAGCAUAGACAACUUGUAUAAUGAGAUGAUGAAGAUCCAAGAUUUCGAUGAUGAACUUCUUGUGGAAGCCCUUGAGUAUGUUGCUUCCGACGACAAGAAGGCCAUGACAUUCCUCACUUUGAAUGAAAAGAGACGAAAAAAUUGGUUGUUAAAGCAUUUACGUGUUCAAAGUGGUUAAAAUGCUUGUAUUAGUGUUGUUUAUGUGCAGGUGUUGAACAUUUUCAUUGACUUUGAGGUUGAUAGUCUUAGGGGGUGUUUGGUUCGGUAAAUUAAAUGGUGUAUGUAUCGGAUAUGAAUGUCAAUCUUUUGAUAGACAUUCUUCUGAACUAUGUUUCUUUCUGAAAAAUCGUUUGGUUGCUUUGAGGCUAGUA